ACAACUCCAUGUUCUUUCAGUUCGGGCCCUCCAUCGAGCAGCAGGCUUCGGUCAUGCUGAACAUCAUGGAGGAAUACGACUGGUACAUCUUCUCCAUCGUCACUACAUACUACCCGGGUUACCAGGACUUUGUCACCAAGAUCCGUAGCACCAUUGAGAACAGCUUUGUGGGCUGGGAACUGGAGGAAGUUUUACUACUCGACAUGUCCGUAGAUGAUGGAGAUUCAAAGAUCCAGAACCAGCUGAAGAAGCUCCAGAGCCCUGUCAUCCUUCUCUACUGCACAAAAGAGGAGGCCAACACCAUCUUCGAGGUGGCCCAUUCUGUUGGGAUUACUGGCUACGGCUACACGUGGAUAGUUCCCUCGCUGAUAGCUGGAGACACUGAUGUAGUGCCUGCAGAGUUCCCCACAGGUCUGCUCUCUGUAUCCUAUGACGAGUGGGACUAUGGCCUAGAAGCCCGCGUCCGCGACGGCGUGGCAAUUAUCACGAUGGCAACCUCCACCAUGAUGAUGGACCGCGGACCUCACACCCUGCUGAAGUCUGAAUGCCAUGGAGCUCCUGAUAAGAAGACCCCCAUCUCAGGCAACCCUAAUGAAGUGCUCAGGUACCUGAUGAAUGUGACGUUUGAGGGGCGUAAUCUGUCGUUCAGUGAGGACGGAUACCAGAUGCACCCCAAGCUGGUCAUCAUUCUGCUCAACAAGGAGAGACAGUGGGACAGGGUGGGUAAAUGGGAGAAUGGUUCCCUAUCCAUGAAGUACCAUGUGUGGCCUCGCUAUGAACUAUAUGGGGGGGCAGCAACCAGGGAGGAUGACCACCUGUCCAUCGUGACAUUGGAGGAGGCUCCGUUCGUCAUUGUGGAAGACGUGGAUCCACUUAGUGGGACCUGCAUGAGGAACACAGUGCCCUGCCGGAAACAGAUCAAAACACUUAACCAGACGAAGGAGUCAGGGAUCUACAUCAAGCGUUGCUGUAAGGGUUUCUGUAUCGAUAUCCUGAAGAAGAUUGCCAAGUCAGUCAAGUUCACGUAUGACCUUUACCUGGUUACUAACGGCAAACACGGCAAGAAGAUCAAUGGAACAUGGAAUGGCAUGGUGGGGGAGGUGGUGUUAAAAAACGCCCACAUGGCCGUUGGCUCCUUGACCAUCAACGAGGAGAGGUCAGAGGUCAUUGACUUUUCCGUCCCCUUCAUCGAGACGGGCAUCAGCGUCAUGGUCUCCCGUAGCAACGGCACUGUCUCGCCCUCGGCCUUCUUAGAGCCCUUCAGCGCGGAUGUGUGGGUGAUGAUGUUCGUGAUGCUGUUGCUGGUGUCAGCAGUGGCUGUGUUUAUAUUCGAGUACUUCAGCCCUGUGGGCUACAACCGCUGUCUGGCUGACGGCAAAGAGCCUCAUGGUCCAUCUUUCACCAUUGGUAAAGCCAUCUGGCUGUUGUGGGGUCUGGUCUUCAACAACUCUGUGCCAGUGCAGAACCCCAAAGGCACCACCAGUAAGAUCAUGGUAUCAGUGUGGGCCUUCUUUGCUGUCAUCUUCCUGGCCUCCUACACUGCCAACCUGGCUGCUUUCAUGAUCCAGGAGGAGUACGUGGACCAGGUAUCUGGUCUCUCAGACAAAAAGUUCCAGAGUCCCAACGACUUCUCGCCUCCGUUUCGGUUCGGCACUGUCCCAAACGGGAGUACAGAGAGAAACAUAAGGAACAACUAUCCAGAGAUGCACUCUUACAUGACAAAGUUCCAUCAGAGAAACGUCAACGAGGCUCUGCAGAGUCUCAAGUCUGGCAAACUCGAUGCUUUCAUUUAUGAUGCGGCCGUACUGAACUACAUGGCUGGCAGGGACGAGGGCUGCAAGCUGGUGACCAUUGGCAGUGGCUACAUCUUUGCCACCACAGGGUACGGCAUCGCCAUCCAGAAGGAGUCACUCUGGAAGAGACAUGUGGACCUGGCCAUCCUGCAGCUCUUUGGAGAUGGUGAAAUGGAGGAGCUGGAGUCCCUGUGGCUGACGGGAAUCUGCCACCACGAGAAGAACGAGGUGAUGUCCAGCCAGCUGGACGUGGACAACAUGGCGGGUGUCUUCUACAUGCUCGGAGCCGCCAUGGCUCUGUCGCUCAUCACCUUCAUCUGCGAGCACUGGUUCUACUGGCAGCUGCGCUUCUGCUUCAUGGGCGUCUGCUCCGGCCAGCCUGGCUUCGUCUUCUCCAUCAGCAGGGGCAUCUACAGCUGUAUUCACGGGGUGCAGAUUGAGGAGAAAAGCAGCUCAGCAUUGAACUCUCCAUCAGCCACCAUGAACAACACCCAUUCCAACAUUAUGCGCCUCUUACGCACCGCCAAGAACAUGGCCUCCCUGUCAGGGGUGAACGGCUCACCGCACAGCGCUCUGGACUUCAUCCGCCGCGAAUCCUCUGUUUACGACAUCUCUGAACACCGGCGUAGCUUGGCGGGCCACUCAGACUGCAAGCCACCUUACCUACCAGAAGACAACAUGUUCAGUGACUACAUCAGUGAGGUGGAGAGGACGUUUGGCAACAUCCACCUGAAGGACAGUAAUCUGUACCAGGACCACUACCUGCACCAUCAUGGCUCAACACUAGGGCUCAGCGGACCCCCUCCCAACAGACCCCAUAGUUUAGGCAGUGCUAGUUCUCUGGAGGGCGGCAUGUUCGACUGUGACAGCCUGGGUGGAGGGGUGGCCCCUAUUUUCACCACCCAACCGUGCUCAGCACUGACCCACAGGAACAUGAGUAAAUUUGACCUGCUGUCUGGACAGACUCCUCCAUCGGGCCAGGGCUUCAAGGGAGGCCUGCCUGACCUGUAUGGGAAGUUUUCUUUCAAGGGAGGUGCCUCAAGUUCCACCUACAUUCCUGGGCAUGGCUACUGUGGUGGGAGAGGAGAUGACGAUGGGAAUAUACGAUCCGAUGUCUCUGACAUUUCCACGCACACAGUAACUUACGGGAACCUGGAGGGUAACGCCAAGAAGCGCAAACAAUACCGCGAUAGCCUGAAAAAGAGGCCGGCCUCUGCCAAGUCCAGACGGGAGCUGGACGAGAUUGAGCUAGGCUACAGGAGGAAACCUUACCACAUCAGCCACCACCAUUACCAUGGCCACCGCUCUUCCUCCCCGCCACUUUUGCCCCCUGAACGCAAGCGAGGAGGAGGAGGUGGAGGAGGAAACAAUGAGGGGAACUAUCUCUUCAGAGAAAAGGAGAGCGUUAGGGAUUUUUAUUUGGACCAGUUUCGGCCCAAAGAGGGCGUCCCUCAGUGGGAACAUGUGGACCUGACAGAGGGCCCUGGGAAUAGAGAUGGAGUAGUGGGGACCUGCACCACUCUGGUUCCAGUGGAUGACUUUCUUAAGAGCAAACCCAAAAAGUCAGAUUCAAAGAGCGGGGGAGGAUCUGGGCUGGCAGGGGGAGAGUGGGAGUGCAGGAACUGUCGGGCUAGUGGGGGAGGAGGAGGCAAGCAGAUGUCCAUGCAUGGAGGAGGGGGCGGUGGCGGGUAUGGUGGUGGUAUUAGCUGUGGGUCCUCGGGAGGCGGAGGAAACAGCCGUCCCAGCUCUGCGACCUGCAUGCGCUGCGAGGGCUGUAAAAAGACAGGAAACCUCUACGAUAUCAGCGAGGACAACAACCACCUCUUGGAACAGAUGGGGGGAGGGAAAGGUGGGGGUGGAGGAGGAGGUAUGGGUGCAGGCCCUCAGUCUCAAUCUCAGGCCCAGCAGAGGAGGAAGAGCGGAGGAUUCGGCAAGCCACUUAGGCGGCAGCACUCGUAUGACACAUUUGUCGACCUCCAGAAAGAGGAGUCAGGUGGGAUGGGAAGUUUGAUGGGGGGUCUAGGAGGAGUUGGAGGAAUGAGUGGUGCAGGUAUAGGAGGGAUGCUGCCCCCACCCAGGAGUGUUAGCUUGAAGGAGAAAGAACGCUACAUGGAGGGCACCAGCCCCUUCGCACACAUAUUCGAGCGUCACGGGGGCUCGGAGAGAGAAAGGGAAAGAGACAGGGACCCACUGUUUUACGGAGGUGAGGGCCGGAAAGGACCCGGCUCACCAUUCGGCCUGUUCAGAGGCGGUGAGGGCCUGCACCGCCGCUCCAUCGGUGAGAGAGACAUGAGAGACAGGGAUAGGUCUUUGAUGGAAGGAGGAGUCGGGGCAGCGUUCUCUUUAUCCAAAUCUCUUUACCCCGACCGGGUAAACCAAAACCCCUUUAUACCCACCUUUGGCGACGACCAGUGUCUGAUGCACGGAGCCAAACAAUAUUACAUGAAAAAGCAACAGCAGCAGCAACAAGUUGCCAAAAACAGCCGAAGUGACUUCAGGGCACAGAUGAGUACGACAUCUUAUCUGCCAGCAUCCGCCACGGCCGGGGUAAUGUCCAAUGUGGCCCCUCGGUUCCCGAAAGAGCUCAGCCUCGGUGGAAUGAACCACCACGGCUCCAUGCUGGGGGUCGGCCCCCCGCGUCCCUUCAAUGGAAGCAAUGGCCAUGUGUACGAGAAACUCUCCAGCAUUGAGUCUGACGUGUGAGAGAUAAAGGUAGAGGAGGAGUGGCAAGGGAGGAGGAGGAGGAUAGGAAUAUAGAGGCAUGUAGUGUUAGGAGAUCAGGGAUGAUUUUAAAGACACUGUCCACACACUGCAACCCUAGCCCAUAUUGAGACAGCAAGAUGAGGUAAAAGAGGAGAGAGCCAGAGGAGGAAGAGUCUGAAAAGUGACAAAGGUAGAGACUGUCAAAUAGAAAGAAAAAAAAAUAUGGAAAAAUUGAGAAAAUCUUUAUUUUGCAAGAAAAUCUGGGUAAAAAAAAAAAUCAGGACACCCUGGGGGAGGUGUGGGAUGUUAACCCUCUCUCAGAAAGCCAAAGCUACUCUACUUUUAUGUCCAAACACAGUCAAUUAACAUCCCCCUCAACCUCACAAAUGCAACUCAAGUCAAGCUCAUCAUUUUCAUCCACCAGUGCGGCAGAAGUCAAUGUACUCGGUUAUUAUCGCAAAGAGGCGACACCUCAUCUUAGUUUGAUAUUGGACGUGUGAGCCUGGUGAGAUUCGAUGGCUGUCUGAGAGCUCCCGCUGAGUGCUUAUGAGGAAAGACUGCGAGAGCGGAGAGAGGAGCGAACUGCCCAUCUGCCCCUGUGUCACCUCAGAAAGGAGACAUUGUCACGUUUUACACAGGAAGAUGACUAGUGCUUCUCUCUCGUUCUCUCUCUCUGUCUCUCUCUCUCUGUCUCUCUCUCUCUCUUCUCUCUCUCUCUGGAAGGAGACAGCCCGGCCUGUCCAUCUCCCCCAUCCUGCACUCGUCCCACUCUCCAGUUCUCCCUCUCUCCUCUUUUUCUCUGACCCCCGCUCCUCCUCCUCCUCCUCAUCCCUGAUGCCAAAAGAGCCGAUCUUGUUCGCUAUGAGAAAUACAAUCAUGAAUGAUAAUAAGAUAUUCUUCUAGAAAAAAACAGGGUAUAAGAACAACAAUAAUAUUGAUAACAUUGUCAAUAACAAAGAUGUUAGUACUGAUUAUGAUAACACUGCUUAUGAUAUCACUAAGUUUUUCUUGUUUUAUGUUCUGUUGGUAUAAUAUUUCACUACUGUUUUAGUAUCUGUAGUUGUAUCUUUUUUUCUGCCCCUGGUGGCUGCAGGAAGGUUGUUCUUAGUUCAACCAACAAGCCAGAAAGACUGAGUCCUUAACUCCUGUUUCUUCUGUUUUCUGUAGAAUAUUUUACUCCAUGCUCAUACAUUAAUUUGCUCCUUGUGGAAAAAAGUUCCAACCGGAUCUGGAAGACACGUUUAGAGCUGACGGAUCCUUAUUUGAUGUUUUCGAGACAUUACAAAACCAAGUGCACACACUCUUAAACACAUGCAGUUUUUGUCGGUCUGAACUUGUGUAACUGUGAACAACAACGUUUCAUCAGAAGCUGAUAGCUGAAGAUACUGAGAGGAAGGACGUGCCUUAAUGGUCUCCAGUGGAUGUGUCCUCCAGUUCACACGCGGUCCUCCACGCGGCAGCGCCGGGACGGACCAGCGUGCUUUUCAGGCUGCUCGUUGUUCUCUUCACGUUUAUGAGCCAAAACUGCAGUAAAAAAAUUUACAGCCGGCUUGAGACGCUGCUGUCGAUGGUUUAGAUACAAGAUGCCGUUGGAGAUGUUUUAUAACUUCGUAAAAUAAUUUCAUAUGUCGAGUAUGGGCAGUGCUUUAUGAACCUGUCGCAGUUGUAUUCAGGAUGUCCCACUGUCACAGAUUGACUGAUGCGUCUCACUCCACAACACGGCAGCCUUUACACAACUUCUUUUAUUCAGGUUACAUGAUAACAGUCACCAGGCACUUACUUUUUUCGGCCUCUCACUAGUAUCGCGUAGACGGCAUUACUAUUCACUCAUGUAAGCAGUCUGAGAGGUGCACACAAAGAACUUUGUUUGGACAUUGUGUAUGAUUAAUAUAUGCACUGUCUUUUAUGUAGGCGAAAUGCUACAAAAUGUUUUAGAAGUGUUGUCGCCCCAUGACAAUGAUGCUGAUAAAAAGCUUUUGCUGAGGAGGAUGUCUAUUUGAGAGAGGCCUCUUUAACACUCACUGAGGCAUCGCGAAGGCGGCCAUCUUGCAAAAGCUUUCCGGCUUUUUACUUUGACUGAUGUAGAUAGUCAUUACAGCUGGAGAGGCCUCAUUUAUUGCACAGGACUUUUACUCAGUGUAGGUUCAGGCACUCAGUAGACAUGCCUUAUCAUUCCAUCACCCCCCCACACACCCCCCAGCCCCCGCCCCCCCACUCUGAGCUGUCUGAUGAUGACUCAUCAUAUUACUGUACAGAAUAAAGAAGCCUCUAUUAGUUAUUUAAAGGUUUGAUCUUUGAUUAGCUGGCGGUGUCAGAAGUUCAAGGGCUGCAGGAGAUUGAGCAGGAGUGAUGGCCUGAGAUUGGAGCUGCUGGAGUGUGUAGAGUGUGAUCUUUGUCAUCAUGGACUUCUAUCUUAUACCCUGAUCUAAAUGCACCAGUGUGCACAGGUUAGUGUGCGUGCUUGUUUGCAUGCGUGCGUGCGUGUGUGUGUGUGUGUGUGUGUGGAGGGAUGCAAAUCACGAUUGAAUGAUAACAGCUGUUUUAUUUUUUUUUUUUUCCACUAACCUGCUGAUAACUAUUCAUAAAUUCAACAGCCUCUCCUCCUCCCUCACUCCACAGAUAACACUGUCAAAGUGAGACUGAUCGAGUUAGCCUUAAAUCAAACAGAGUCAUCCACCCAUCCCCCCAUGACACUCCUAAUAAAUAGAUUGGGAUCUCUGGAAUUUUUAUACGCACACAUUUUGAAAGUUCAGGUCAACCAUUAUCAGCGAGAUGGUGUGAGAAGGAGACAGGAGAACGGGAAACGACGAGGAAAUAAGAACGAGCAGAAGAAAGACUUUGGAGGUGGCAUCAAUCAGUGUCAGCAUUAGUAUGUUAAAUCUUUUCCUUGUAAAUAAUAUAUUUAAAACUCUUUUCACUUUGUACAGUACACAGACAGACAGGAUGUAACUUUCGAUAUGUUUUACAGCAAUUUAAGAAAUAAACAAAACAAUAAUAAAAACUCAGAAAAACAAAAAAUACAUCGACAAAAAUAUGCAAAAUAUAGUUAAGACACAAAUAUUACUAAUCAUAAGUGAUAUAAUUGAACCUCUUUUUCUUUAAAUCUCAUGUUUACUUGAUUAUGAUAGUUUACCAAUCAGUAUACUGAUUAUGUUAAGAAUUAUGCUUUUUCUUAUUUUCACUAAAGUGUUGGAAUUUGAGGAUAAUUUACUGUAGGUGUAGACGUUUGGUGAUAAAAAGGGGAAAGUUUAGUUUUAGGAGUCUUUGCUAAGUUUCCCUUGAAUUGUGUUAGAUUCUCUCUUUUUAAGGUAAGCUAUUCUUCAUGCUUUUUGAGAUAAAUUCAAUUAUCUACACAUUUAUGUAAUACAAUAUUACAUGUAUACAUAGAUGAUAUUUGCAUAUAGAGGCAGUAUAUUGUGAUCCUUCAUUUUUAAGCAGCAAUCCUUGUUAAAAUCUUACAAGAUAUUUGUGUUUUUGUUGCCCAUUUUUUUUGACCUGGGCUCUCUAACGGUGAUUGAACACAGAAUUUAGAGCCAUCGUCGGCCCGGCCUAUCCUGUUCCUCUCUAUGUUUGGGAUAGACAUCACUGUGGUAAAGGAAGAUAUAUACAUACAGUAUAUAUGUACACACAUGCACACACGUAGACACAUGUACACACACACAAAUGCACACUGGGCAUUUCCCAGUGUUGAUGCUGUUGAUAUUGCUGAGGAUUUCAGCACAAUAUUGUGGAAAACCAAGAAUGAGUGUAGUUUCUCCUCAUCGAGAAUCCAUUUGAAGCUGAAAUGCAUUUGUGCAACCCCUUAUUAAAAGGUGAAACAUUUGCUCUGUCAUGUCUCAUUUUAUGUCGAGUUUUGCUUCAGGGGAAUCAACUUCUUGUUGUUGCUCUAUUUUAGUUCAAAUAUUACUAAACUGUGUUAUUUGACAGCAACACUUAAAUGCUUUGGAUUCUAAUUUAUUUUGUGCAACUUGCACCGCUUGUUUCUCUGUAUGAGAUGGGAAAUAUAAUUUGUAAUUUGUUGUGUACAUAUGCAAUUUUGUCCCCAUGCAGUCAGAAAAAUAUUUCUCUGCUCGUCUUCUGUAUGGCACUGAUUCCAAUAAGUCUCUAUAAUCUUCUCCCCAGCCCUGAGAGAAGAAAUUCAUCUCUCUUCUGUUUUUCUCCUCAACUGCUUUCAUGUCUGGAUGGUUGAUUGAAAAGUGAAAAAUGUAUCCGUGCGCACAUAAACUCUGUUAGGUUUGCAUAUUUUUCACACAAGCCACCACAUUUAUUCUCCUCAUUUGCAAUAAACAGCAUGACCAAACACAAACUGCUCUUACUGUACACUGUUUGUGCCAAUACAUCAGUUCCUGAUGUUUUUUUUUUCAUGCACUGGAAGGCUAGCUAGGGCCAGUUUUUCUGCUGCUGGUUGGGAAGUCAAGGUGCACCUGACAGUGUGGUAAACAUGCUAUCAUCAGGCCUUUACCACCUCCAGCUGCUCUGCCCUGUAGCCAGCGUGUGCAGGUUGGGCAGCGAUGCAGAGUAAGCAGCCUCGUCAGAAGUCUUUAUUUCCCUUAAGGCCAAAUUGGUCCCAGCCUCCCUUCCCUGCACAUGAGCACGCCACAACACAUUUGUUCAAAUGGUUCAUGUAGAGCAAAACACUGUGUCACAUUUUUACAACACCAGGAAUGGCUGUGGCAAGUUAGUGGGCCGGAACAUCCUGAAGGUGGGGGAUGUAAAUAUCACCUCAGCUGACGUGUGUUUUUCUGUCAGAAGUACUGACUCAUGGGACCAAAAAACAGCAUGACGUGGUCAGCUGCAGGGAUCGAUGACACUGACUUGUGAACAUUUGCAUUUCGGGGGGAAAGUGUUUGAUCUUUUUUGUUUCACAUCGGUAUUUCUACGAUUCAAGGUGACUGACGAGUUGAACUGCUAAUCACUUGCGAGUCACUUGUUUGAUUUCAUCUCAUGCAGAUAGGAAGAAUUAUACUGUGAUAUUUUCUGAUUCAUUUUCUGUGAAGAUGUGAGUAAUUUAGCAGCUUAUGAUUUUACAUUUCACCCAAAUUCAUCACAGAAGUUUACUAAUAUUUUAAAGUUCUAUCUAUGUGUGUUGAUAUUUGAUUUGUAUUGAUGCAUACACAUUUUCUAUUAAAUUGUGUACAGUUUUGUUUUCUUUGUUAAUAUCGCUGUUUUCCAUCUUCAUAAUUCACACAGAAGUCUUGAGAAUGGAUCGCUGUACCUGAAUGAAAAUUGAUGAUAACAUGACAUAAGGGGUUGCUACUAAAUGUAUUUCACACUGGUGGAACUGGUUUAUAAAAACACCCAUCUCCACUGAAACUACAUAGCCUGAUUAAAUUUACUGUGGGUUGACAAAAUGUAACAUAUGAAUAGUAUCGAUUGUAUACAUAAUGAUAUACAUAAUAUUAUUCUUGGCCAUUCUUUUUCUCUUUUUGUGGCCCUUUUCUUUGAAAGAAUACCAAAAUUUUUACACCAUACGAACAAAACUACACAAAAACAAAUAAUUGUACAGGUUGUGUAAAUACUGAAUAUUGGGGAAAACAUUUACCUUCUGUUUUUUUGUAUGGAAUCGAAUCAAAGUAAUCUCAAUAACAAAAUUAACCACGUCAUGACAAAAUUGCAAAAAACAUCAUUAAGGUACUUCUAAUAAGGAUAAUAUUGAUAUCUACAAUUAUAAGUGCUCAAAUAAGACUAUUCUUUCUCUUUGUACAUGAUGAACAAAAUGAAGUGUUGAGUAUUAAUAAUAAAAAACUAAGUUUCA